CGUCACACUUCAAUGUUUGGCGCAAGCGCUCUGUGGUUAUCGGUUAGCCAUCCCUGUGUGCGGGCCUGCCCUUGAAUUCUUGUACAGACUGAACUUUCCAUUGUGAUUAACAUUGAAAAUGGCGAAAGCGGAACAAGUGUUGAUCUUAGACCCGUCCCAGGAACUCAAAUUUAAGGGUCCCUUUACUGACGUUGUCACAUCCCAGUUGAAGCUCAGCAAUCCCACGGAACGGAGAGUGUGUUUUAAGGUGAAAACAACAGCUCCUCGGCGGUAUUGUGUUCGACCAAAUUCUGGAAUAGUGGAGGGUCAUGGCUCAGUCAGCGUGGCGGUGAUGCUACAACCUUUCGAUUAUGAUCCACAUGAAAAGAACAAGCAUAAGUUUAUGGUGCAAUCUCUCUUUGCUGGAGAAGGAGAGGUCAAUCUCGAUGCUCUAUUUAAAGAGGCUGAUAUGAGUCAAUUGAUGGACUCGAAAUUGCGGUGCGUAUUUGAGUUGCCAAUGGAUGCUGCUGCACAGGCGCCACAAAACAACAUCGAUGCUUCCCCAGCACCCCAGCCACAUGUUGAAGUAUCCAAGCCAUCACCCAAGAUAAAUAACAGUGAUGCAGAACUUAGGAAGGCUGGAGAUGAAAUAAAACGACUUCGGGAGGAGAUCAGUUCACUUCGUCAGGAGAAUCUUCAGCUUAAGGAGGACUCACUGAGGCAGCGCUCACAUGGUAGCACAGGAGAGAAGAAACAAAAUGUGGUUGCUAGCAUCAUCCCACAGCAUGGAACUCAACAAGCAAAUCCCAUGAUGCACUUUAUUGCUGCUGUCAUUAUUGCUAUUGUUGGCUUCAUUCUUGGUAAAUUCAUCCUUUGAAGACUUUCCACUGCCAUCGCCCAAGACCACUAGGUAGCAAUCGGCCAUUUUCUACCACAAACCAACACAAACUUGUCAAACUUUUCAGGGGGGGACAUAUAUCCAUUGUCUGGUGGACUUAAUUUGCUAGCUCCAUUGAGAUUGUAUUUGGCCAUUGUUAAUUUCUAAUACUUUUAUAUACAAAUUUGCUUGAAAGAAGCUACAAGAUAAACCAAUUAGAAAUGUGUUGCCUUCACUUUACCCAGGUUUUAAGGGCUUUGUGGAAGCUAUAUUAAAAAAAACACGUGUAACCAACAUUAUCUUGUAAUUUUUAAGCAAACCAGUUAGCUUGCUUUAAUUUAUUUGACAUAUUACUGAAUAGUGAUAAUAAAAUUAAGAGGGAUAAAGUAUCUUGCAUUUCUUUUUAAAGAAUUGAUAAUUUUAUAUAAAUAUGCAGAAUAUUAAUAUAUAAUUUUAUUGCCCAUAAAUGAACAGCAUUCGCAUUUCAUGAAGCAUCACCUUUGCCUGUGAUUAGUUAUAUCUCACAUUUUGAAAUAUUUCAUGUGCUCUUUUUAAUAUAUAUCAUUUAGCAAUAGGUAAAGCAUUAAUGUCUUAAAUUUGCUUGGGGACAUUGAAUUUACCCAGGCACUAUUUCAUGUUUACAAGUUAUAAAACAAAAAGGAAUUUUAGAAAAUGUUAAGCCAUUACAUCCCAAGGCAACAAUUCCAAACCAGAAGUUGUGAAAGACUUGGGUGUCAGUAUAGCAUUUCAAGUUUCCUGUUAUUUUAUUUAACAAAGAAAAAAUUUCAUUUAUUUUAGUUAUCUCCCUGUAGAUUAACCAUUUCAUGAAAAGGAUCACUUCUGAAGACAUAGAUAUUGAUUUUUGUACCUUUAUGAAAGUUAUAGUUAAGUUGAAUUACUGUAUAUCCUGAUCUGGCCUUUGCUAAUUAUGUUUAGUUGAACUUAGUCUUGAAGCUAGUGUGGCUUCAUUUUUCCUGUUUUUAAGUUCAGGAUAAAUGGAAGCUGGGACUGCAAUUGAGACAUAAAAAUUGUCUUUGUAUAGCAUAAAUUCAAGGUACUGCUGAGAAGUUGUGGAAACCUUGUUUGAUGUAAGUAUCUACAGGGUUGACAGUAGAGGGCAGUGUAGGUGUCAGUCCCUCGAGUGUAGGUAGUAGCAAGGUUUGAAACAUAGUCUCCAAAGACAUUCGAAUGAGGGACUCGUGUGCAUACUGGCCUAAGAGCAAGGACUUGUGGUACUUGUCUCCAGGGCAACUUGACAUUAUAAGAUGUAGCUAAAUAUACAUACUCUAAAACACGCAGCCCUUCAUAAGGUGUGACGUGGCAUGGUCUUACACUGAAGCCUGACCUGAUCAGUGUCUUUCAGUCUAAGCAUUAGGUUCUGCCAAGUUGAGAGUUUUCCUGUGGAUUAUAGAAAAUUAGAAAAAGCUUGGACAGUCCUAUAACAAGACUCAUUUGCACUGGUCAGGUCACAUUCUUGUUAGUUUAUUCCAGCUUAAAAUAGCUACCUUUGUGAAAAUCAUGAUCUGUGUUUGGUUUAGUCAGUCCUUUUUUGUACAUUAUUGUAGUAUGCAAGAGCUGUUUGUACAAAAGAAAAAUCCCGUGUAUAUAAGUUGGUGUGGUAUGUUCUUGUCUUCUAUCACAUUUGUAUUUUAUAUUUGUUUUUCUUUGCUGCCCCCACAAGUAGUUUAUGUACAUUUAACCUCUUCAUUCAUUGUCAUUACUAGUAGCCUGUGAACAUGUGUUGGUAAACUUGAACCUGUGUUUUUUAAAUAUUUGAUAGAUAUUGGCUAUCAAAUUGUAUAGUUACAGAGAAGUUUCUUGCAUGUGUGAACAUUUCCUUGUAAACACUUAAUUUUGAGCGAGACAGACUCGUCUCUAGGGAUGGAAGUCUGACAGACUCGAUGCUUUGACUGGUAAAAUCAUUGUGUUAUAAUGUUUACUGCUGCAUGUCUGCAACUAACUAUGGACAGUGUAAUGGAGUAUAGCCAGUGUAUUUUUCACACUUGUUUGUAACACCACUGUGGUCAGUCCUGGGGGUUUUGUACCCAUGUGUACAGUGUGCAGCGUGUCAUGAUAAAUAUGUCACACCUUAA